AUGCUCUUCGGCGUUCGCCUUCAAAACGAAAUCUACGAGCCGUGGAAGGACCACUACAUCAACUACGACUCGCUCAAGCGACUUCUCCGGGAGAAUGUUGUGCCCAACGACAAGGAGGAGUGGUCUGAGUCCGACGAGACCCGCUUCGUCCAGGCGCUCGACUCCGAUCUCGAAAAGGUGUACUCGUUCCAGACCAACAUGUACAACAAGCUGUCCGACGCCAUUGGCGAGAUUGAGAAGCAGAUUGUCGAGGUCAAGGAGAUUGAUCUUGUGAACCUGGAGCACACCAUCGAGGACAUUCUUGAGAGCGCCCAGCAGCUCGAGCACUUCUCCCGAAUCAACUUCACCGGCUUCACCAAGAUUGUCAAGAAGCACGACCGACUACACUCCAAGUACUCGGUUAAGCCUCUGCUGCAGGUGCGACUCAAGGCCCUGCCCUUCCACAGCGAAGACUACUCGCCGCUUAUCAACCGGCUUUCUGCUGUCUACUCGUUCCUUCGAGAACAGGCUCCCCAGAGCCAGUCGGCGUCCAUCAACGCCAAGUUGUCGUCAUACACCAACGACUCGGAUCUCAACUACACCUCGUACAAGUUCUGGGUCCAUUCCGACAAUCUGAUGGAGGUCAAGACCCGAAUUCUGCGUCACCUUCCCAUUCUGGUCUACAACAACCAGAACGACUCGCAGGACUCUGUUGAUCCCACCCUGACGUCGCUCUACUUUGACAACUCCGACUUUGAGCUGUACGAGGGUAAGCUACAAAAGAAUGACACCUCUCCCUCUCUGCGGCUCAAGUGGGCCGGCAAGACUUCCGACGAGGACUCUCAGAUCUACAUUGAGAAGCGAACCGUCGACCACUCCAUCGCAGGCGGCGAUGAGCGACUCCCCAUCAAGGAAAAGUACAUUGCUGGCUUCAUCAACGGAACCUACCACAUGGAGAAGACUGUCCAGAAGAUGAAAUCUUCGCACGUGCCCGAUUAUCAAGUCGAGGGCUACGAAAAGUCUGUGGAGAACAUCCAGGACUUUAUCCGGGAAAACUCUCUGCAGCCCGUGUGCCGAGCUCAGUACACUCGAACGGCCUUCCAGAUCCCUGGUGACAACCGAGUGCGAGUCAUUAUGGACAAUGACAUUCUCUUCAUCAAAGAGGACGCCUUUGACAAGGACCGACCUAUCCGAGACCCCAACAACUGGCAUCGAACCGACAUCGACGCCGUGUCGGACCCAAAGAAGGUGCUGCGGAAGGGCGAGUACUCCAAGUUCCCCUACGCCGUUCUGGAGUUCCGAGUCCAGAACCGACCUGGUGUUGACACCGCUGACACUGGCAACUCGAUCAUCACCUCGUCGUCUGUGUACCGAAAGCACGGCAAGUGGAUCGACGAACUGACGUCGUCGCAUCUGGUCAAGGAGGUGCCCAAAUUUUCCAAGUUCAUCCAGGGUAUUGCCUCUCUGUACGGUGAGGAUGACAAGCUCAACUUCCUGCCUCUGUGGCUGUCUGUCCUCGAGGAGGAUGAUAUCCGAAUUGAUCCGAAGCAGGCGUUUGAGCAGGAGACUAAGAAACUCAAGGAGCGGGCCAAGACUGCCGCUGUGCGUGCUCGAGCCGCCUCUGUGUCUUCUCCCCGAAAGGGUGCUACCACUCCUGCUGGUCCUUCUUCUUCUACCAAGAAGGUGACCAUCAUGGAGGACGACUCCGACUCUGACGACGACGAGGGGCGACCCAAGAACCGAAAGUCGCUCAAGCACAAGUACUCGAUCCCGUUCCUGGGAACUUUUGGUCCCAAGCUGGACGAUGCGCUUUCCGAGGACGAGGAAGUUGUUCUUCCUCCCGGCGUUGUCAAGCCCGACGUUCUCAUCCGAAACACCGGUCCUGUCAAGGUCGAGACCAAGGUGUGGCUUGCUAACGAGCGAACCUUUAACAAGUGGCUCCAUAUCACCACUCUGCUGUCCGCUCUGACUUUCACGUUGUACUCUUCCGUGCAGGCUGCCGUCGACAAGUCUGUUGCCACCUACGUUGCCUACACUUUGUUUGCGCUGACUCUGUUUUCCGGAAUCUGGGGAUGGUCCACCUACAUGAGCCGGCUGAACUAUAUUAAGCAGCGAAGCGAGAAGCAUCUGGACAAUCCCAUUGGUCCGUUGAUUAUUGCCGUGGCUCUGCUGCUGAUUCUCAUUGUGAACUUCAUUGCCACCUACAAGGCUGUCGGUGAGCCUGUUCCUCUGUGGAAUUAA